AUGACUGGCUUUAUAGGCAACUCACAAGGGUUUCGGCCAGUCUCUGCGCCAUCAAAUCGCAACCUCUCUGUGUCGAAAGCAUAUUUGAAGAAGGCCGCCAAGGAGAAGCGGGCCCGUGAACGCGACUUUGCGAUGGAGCUGUUUCAAGAAAAAGCCGACUUUGAGCGAAAAGGCCAAGCGAACAAGCUCAUGCGGCGACAUAACAUAUUGAAAGUGUACUCGCAAACUAAGAAUCGGGACAACUUUCUCCAAGUCAAAGUCGUGGAAGGCCCCGACCAGCACGAGCGUGUGAUGACCGCGGAUGCUUUCCAUAUCCUUUUCCACAUGCUGUCCAUCGUUUCGUCGCCACACCAUCUUGCACUGCCCGAUUACAACAACGGCACAUCGUCCAGUGCCAAACACGCCAAACUUCGCAUGCAGUCCAAGAAAGACAUCCAAGACGGCCUACGGCUUGUACUCAAGAGCACGAUCGAGCUCACCGCGAUCUUGGAGGAGCAGCUGUACGAGCUUCAACGAAAAGGAUGGAAUUGCACGGCGAGCCACGCCGUUGGCCCCCACAUCGACACCUGA